CAGGAAAUGUGGAAACUAGACUCCAAGGAGGGCAUUAUUUGCUCCAGGGCUGCAUCGAUCUGCCUUGCGAUCGCCCACCUCAUCAUAUUCGCCAACUUGAAGGGGUUAUCAUACAACUUUGGUGUGCACAUAGCGUCCAUGCAGAUCAUCAGCAGCGCAGUCCUCAUCGUCGGAGCCACCAAGGUGGGCCAUACUCCCAAUUCAACUUCCAAAUCUCCAUCCACAUUCUCUCAUCGCAGGAGCGGCACAAGCUCUUCGUGCCCUGGAUGA